UUAGAGGAAAUGAUAUAAAAAGGUAACAUUUUAGCAAGUUUCGUUAUUUGAAAAAGACGCUGCAUCCUGAUGCUGCAGGACGCAAUGUCGGCAAGCAGAUCCUACAUCAUGUUCUUCACUCUGUGGACUUUCCUGUCUGUGGCUCCUGUUUACGCAGAUCCAUGCACGCAAGGCCAGCAUCGAGAAGUUAACGACCCGAGGCGCAGCACCGCCAUUUCACCGACCAGUGGGGAUACCAUGCUUUGUGACAGUCUCCUCUCCAGCCCUCCGAUAUGGUACCGCUUUACCAGUCCCGCCGGUGGAGAUAUGCCAACAGCAAAUCCGGGGCUCCUCAAAUGUUCUACCUUAUUUCCAGUUUGGUUGAACGGAAAUAUUCCAUCGGUAGCCGACGGUGAGGUGACGCGGCAAGCAUGUGUCACAAAUUUUGGCGUAAGUUGUUCGUCUCCUUUCAACAUCAAAGUGAAGAACUGUGGAUUAUAUCGAGUGUAUCAACUGCCAAGAACUACCGGAUGCCCUAUUGCUUACUGCGCAGGGUCAGAGGCUCCCUGUCCGCCAGGUACGAGCUCUCCGACUGGAUACACACCGGGCUGCUCAGCCGGCUUUCCAAAUCUUACGAAGAAACCAAACCUUUCCUGGACUGUUGGCACUGGUCCUGAAAUUGUUUUUGAGUGCAAGCCAGAUGUCUCUGAGUUCACUGCAACCCAGCUCGUGAACAUGCGGUUUGACAUCACGUGGUACUUUGACGGAAGUAAAGUACACAGCCAACUCGAUGUUGCCCAGGGAAGUUUUCCCGGCAAACUGCACGAGGCCCAAUGGACCGGGACUCACACACUUGGAAUAACGAUAAGCUGUGGAGUCAAGGCAAAGUAUUCUGCAGGUGGAACCCCGAGUCCAGAAGUGAAAAGUGACGGUUUUUUCGCCGGUAUUGAGAUAUUGACACCAAAACCUCUGAAAAUAAAAAGCAACGACCCACCCAAACAAAUCCAAUUACGACCUACAGUCCCAGUACUUUGUCCGCUAGGUUUACCACUGAUUUCCUUGUGUCCUAAACUUCGAGUAGAGGUAAGAGUACCAGAAAUCCAAGGCAACCCUGGCGUGUGCCCGCAGACAGGUGUCGCAGUGGGUCCCAAUGUGGUGUUUCAGAACACAGCCUGCGGUGUGGAGAUUCCGUCCUUCCCUACUCUGACUCCUGGUUGGAAUGCCAUAGUAUCUCUCAAUGUCGCAGGAACUAUAACGUCAACUUAUUUUGGUGACAAAAUUUCCAACGUGAAACUAGCCACUCUGUCGUUCCCUUCACACCCCGCCUGGUCUAAUUAUUACCUACCUGAUUUUCCGGUAUUGGUGUAUAACGUUGCAGUUCAGCUAGCUGGCAAGAUGUGCUACUCUCACAAUGAUCCGCACAUGCGCACAUUUGAUGGCGAACGUUAUGAAAAUCAGAAUGCAGGAGAAUUCGUGGUGUACAAGCACCGCACUUUACCCGUCCAGGUGAACGCCCGUUUUGAGCCUUGUCAGGGAAUAGCAGGAGCAACGUGUAACUGCGCUGUGGCCGUUAAGUCGGGCACAGAUAUAUUCAUUGCUGACGCCUGUAAUGACCUGCGGUUGCUGAAGCAAGGUCUAAACACACCCUACAGCGUUGGGGUGGUAGGCUGUGACUUGGAAGGAAUGAAAAUCGAGAUGACAAAUGGCGGGAAAAAAUUUAAGAUAACAUUGCCAACUGGUGGCCAAGUCGUAAUAACAUACCAAAGCUGUUGUGGUGGGAAGUUUCUUAGCCUGGAUAUCCACCCCGGUGAACUGGAUAUAGACAACACAAGAGGGCUCUGUGGGGUGUUGAACAGUAACGUGAACGACGACUUCUUGCACUCUGAUUUGACGACAGUGACUCCACAUACCACAUCUCACCCGAAUGCAUUUUCAUUAUCAUGGAAAGUUACUGUGGCAACUGAAAGCCUGUUGACUGGAACACCUGGAACAACAUAUGCCAGGCACCCCUACUGUAAAUGUCCAGUGAACAACUGGGAUCCGACCGCCAGUUUGGACUGUAAUCUUAAUAACCAAGUUGCAGUGUGUGUGAAUCAAGCUACGGUCACCAGCGCCUUCUUCCAACAAUGCCAAAAAAGACGAGACACAACGAACGAUGAUGAUGUGUUUGAGCCGAGAGUCUAUGUAGACUAUGAUGAUUUUGUACCUGCGGAAGCAGAAUGGAGGAAUGGAUGGAAUGAAGCAUCUGCUCGAGAAUUCUGCAACCGUUAUAUCUUCUCCAAAGAAUCAGUGAAAAGAUGUACUGAAUUAAGCAAUGUAGACACAGAGGGACCGGUAGAAGGGUGCGUACUGGACAUCAAGUUGUCUGGCGGUACAGGCUGGGCAUUUACGGCCGUGGAAAAUGUGAAAGUUUCAUGUGAGGCAGAGUUACGCAGAAAUACCAGUCUUUGGAUUUUCGACGUUAAGACCAACACAACCCGUCUGCCAGACGUUAUUGACAAAAUAUGCAUGAAUGAAUGCAGCGGGCAUGGAAUUUGCGAAGGAGGGGAAUGCAUUUGUGAAGAUCGCUAUGGCGGGGAGGAUUGCUCUGUAGAUCUGACGGCUGUGCCGGUGUUAUUCGGGGUUCCUAAUGGAGGGGUGUGCGACAUACGUAACCGGACAUGCGCUAAGACACAAGUUUAUGGCGAAACAUUUUUGAAUACGACAAAGUUGAUAUGUAGGAUAAAGAAAUAUGAGGUAUAUGAGUGGGAAUAUGGCGAGUUCAUCCAGGUACACGGACACGAGGAGCCGGCUCAAUUCAAACAAUUCCAGGAGAUUUUUUGUCCACUGGUGUUGUACGAAUCUCCACCUUCCCUGGUCAUAAAAUAUCUGAUCAGCGUCGCCAAUGAUGGUGUUAACUUCAGCAAUGAAGUGGUCCUGACUGUGUACAACCCGGAGUGUUUCAUAUGUGAAAUACACGCAGAGCAUGUCUGGUGUUCAGUUAGGCCGGGUGUUUGCCUCAUUCACGGGAACUGUUACAUAGGAGAAGAGUGCCUUGAACACGGUCCAGUGUAGUCUGGAAACAUGUCACUUGUCUUCAAUUCGACUACUUCGAAUAAAUCGCUGAGACACCACGUGAACCACUAUAUUUAUAUAUGCUGAUAAGAGAUAAUUUAACAAAAGUGACGUUGAAACAAAUUAUGGCCCCUGCUUUUCUGUACUCUUUUCAAAUAGGCUACAACAUAUCACCAUUAAAAACGCUUUUUACAUGUAGUUUCGUUUUGCUACUUUGCUGUGCAGAAAAAAUGUGUAAUGUGCAAGCACUCGUUCACCUAUUUAAAAAACAUAAACGUUACAAGCGUACUUUCUCUAAACAAGGAAGACUUGUAGACAUCUACUUCCUUGUUCAAAUUAAGCGUUUAAACUUAGAGAACAGUUUUUGAGUUCUUAAAACAGAGUAACUUUUCUUCGAAACGCAGAAUAUCGAAUAGAAAAUGUACCAUAAUAGCAGUGCAUGUUUUAAGACAGAUCAUUUCGAAACAAUUCAGUCAGAGAAAAGGAAAACACAUGGAUGAUCCUGGCUGCUAAGCAUGACACACUGACUAAUAUUAGAGAUGUACGAGUAUGGAUGUUUGAGUAUGGUAUACUUUAUUUAAAAAGUUACUUUUCUUUGGUAGACUCAUUUUAAUAGCAGAUAUACAUAUAUUCAGGGUUAUAGACAUUCAGACUUUCAUAUUAUUUAAUUAGUUUUUCUUAUUGUUCAUACAAUAACGCAAUCCUUGCGCCUCGGGGUCUGCGUUCACAUGAGAAAAUGGUACGAUGCUUUAAUAAACGAUUUGUGAGAAAAUAACGAAAAACGAGUUGCAGAUUAUUUAUUGGUCAGCAUUCAGUUUACAUUAUAGAGUUCCAAAGGAAAGAAAGAAAAGUGGAGAAAAAGAAAUGGAAGAAAAUGGGUAAAAUAAAUAUUUUGAAAUCGA